AUAUGCGAUGACGGGUCACAGUCACUUGAACGGGCAGACGCAGAGGAACGUACCAUCUUAGCUUUCUGCCGAGGACUAAAUCCGAUUCGUUCGUCUAUCCGAUCCUCUUCGUCGUCUUCUUCGUCUUCCUUCUCCUUCACUGACAAGCAAUUGACGUGAAUUGGCUUUUACAUGAUGGGCGGGAGUGCUAUAGAUGAUGAUUGGGAGCUUACUUCCUCUUGCAAUAGUGUUCGGACGCUGGUUCUAGUGGGCAGGACGGGUAAUGGUAAAAGUGCCACUGGGAACACUAUUCUUGGGGAGAGGGCUUUCAAGUCGAGAGCUAGCUCAUCAGGGGUGACAAGCACCUGCGAGUUGCAGCAAACUGUCCUGCCCGAUGGCCAAAUCGUCAAUGUAAUUGACACUCCUGGGCUUUUUGAUAUUUCUGCUGGAAUGGACUUUGUUGGGAAAGAAAUUGUCAAGUGUAUCGAUCUGGCCAAGGAUGGGAUCCAUGCUGUGCUUGUGGUCUUCUCUGUUAGGACCCGCUUUUCGGAGGAGGAAGAAGCUGCCCUCCGUAGCCUGAGGACGUUGUUUGGAAGUAAGAUAAUCAACUACAUGAUUGUCGUGUUCACUGGUGGGGAUGAACUUGAAGAUAAUGAUGAAACUUUGGAAGAUUACUUGGGUCGUGAUUGCCCACAGCCUUUGAAGGACAUUCUUAUUCUCUGUGACAACCGCCGGGUGCUUUUUGAUAAUAAGACAAAGGACCAGGUCAAGAAAACUGCUCAAGUUCAGGAGCUCUUUUCCGUUGUCAAUGCAGUUAUAAGCCAGAAUGAUGGAAAGCCUUUUACAGAUGAGAUAUUCGCCGAAAUGAGGAAAGGAGCAAGGAAGCUCCAUGAGCAACAGGAAGUGGUUGGUUCUCUCAAAGGACACACCAAAGUACAGAUACAAAAGUUUGAGGAGCAGAUGCAAAAAUCUUAUGAUGAGCAGCUGAAGCGAAUUACUGAGAUGGUUGAAGCCAAGCUGAGAGAGACGACCACAAGGCUCGAGCAGAAGUUGGCGGAGGAGCAGGCUGCUCGUAUGAGGGCUCAAGAGCAAGCACAGUUGGCUCAGAUGAAGUCAAAUGACGAGAUUCGUAAUCUCAGGGAGAGCCUGGAGAGAGCCAGGAAGGAGACUGAAGAGCUCCGUAAGCAGGCCGAAAGUCGAUGUGCCAUUCUAUAAUAAUACAAGACGGGGAUAUCCUGGAGUAUGUUACGUUCUCGAAGAUUUUAAUAUUCACUUCUGUUGGGAUAGAACCUGUGGAAUACGCUUAUGAUGGAGCUCGUAACGUGUAAAUGAAUUUACGCUUGCACACUAUUUAUGUAUCAUUUUAAGCUCGCUAAUGGCGCUUCCAUUGUUCACUAUCUAAA